AUGGGCUCCUCUCCAUUCACAAUUAGGUCAAUUCUGACUCUCUUCCUUCUCGUGGCCCAACUCGCCUCCGCCCUGAAGUUUGACCUCCCCUCCUCCUCAGGCCACAGCAAGAACGAGCGAUGCAUCCGCAACUUUGUCUCGAAGGACCAGCUGGUCGUAGUGACUGCCAUCGUUGGCGGCACUAAGGGCGAUGGCCAGCGCGUCAACAUGCACAUUAAGGAUUCCAUGGGCAACGACCACGGUCGUCCUAGGGAUAUUGUCGGUGAAGUCCGUCAAGCAUUCACUUCAACCGCUGAUACUGCCUUCGACGUAUGCAUGGAGAACGUCCUUGUCGGUCGCAGUGGCGCCAACCCCUCCCGCGAAAUUGAACUCGAUGUUGAAAUCGGCGCCGACGCCCGUGACUGGUCUAGCAUUCAAGUCCAGGAGAAGUUGAAGCCCAUUGAGACUGAUCUGCGCCGCAUCGAAGAAAUGAUCGGCGACAUUGUUUCCGAGAUGGAUUACCUUCGUACCCGUGAGCAGAAGCUGCGUGAUACGAACGAGAGCACCAAUGAGCGAGUUAAGUGGUUUGCUUUCGGUACCAUGGGUAUGCUUGUUGGUCUUGGUGCUUGGCAGGUUGUUUACCUGCGUGCUUACUUCCGGUCUAAGCAUCUUAUUUAA